CACCGAUGAAAAGCGUUGGUCGGCACCAAUCUGAAACUUUGUUUUCUUCAUCAUGGGAGCACUCCCCACGGCCACGAAAUGGACCUUGACUUUUUCUUCCGCUGCUGGAUUGCCCUGACCAUUGGUGUUGGCAUUCUCCGAAGAUGGAUCACUCAUGGCUCCGUUUUAAUUUUCAGUUGUCGAGUCGACGACAAAGAUGAUCGAUCACGAUACGACGGCGGUUUAGUCAGAGACAACAAGCAAUAAGAAAGUGGUGGGGUGGAUGAUGCUCAAUGGUCAAGGCCUUGAGUCGUGCGUGUACUCCUUUGCAUAUCCCGAACCUUUUAACUGGCCCUACCGGCUCGCGGCAGGUGCUCCAUGGCGACAAACAACCCAGGCGCCACAACCAUCUGCAUGGUCGCCACACAGCAAACCCACCAGCCAGUCGCAUCAUUGCAUUGAGAUAUUGAGCCAUUGAACCAUUGAACCAUUGAACCAAAGAGACCGCAUAGGACGAGGAGUGGGCAUUGCGUAUAUCAAUAUGAAGUUGUUGGUGAAGACUCUCAAGGGAGAGAAGUUCCACGUCGAGUGUGAACCAACCCAUGUUGUAUCGGAAGUCAAAGCCAUUGUGGAAAAGGCCAAGCCUGAGCUCGCGGGAUCCACCAUGAAAUUGAUUCACUCUGGACGUGUUCUGAAGGAUGAUUCCAAAGUGGAGGAAUGCAACAUCAAACCCACCGAUUUUCUUGUCGUCAUGGUGACAAAGGCCAAAAAACCAGCAGCUGCUCCUGCCGCUGCGGCUCCUGCCCCUGCAGCGGAACCAAAAACACCAGCUCCGGCAACUGCUCCUGCUGCUGCCACCACGACAACCACCACCACAGCUAGUACCGCGACAACUCCCGCAGCAUCUUCGUCUACGGAGACUCCUGCUGCUCCUGCUCGACCUUCGGGCGCCAGCGAAUUUCCCGACGAAGUUGUUUCCAAUCUUACUGGCAUGGGAUUUCCAGAGGCUGAAGUUCGUCAUUGCUUGCGAGCUGCCAAUGGAAAUCCAGAUAUUGCCAUGGAAUUCUUGACCAAUGGAAUUCCCCCGGGUGUUGAAGCGGCUGCAUCGGGGGCACCCUCUCCAGUCGCCAAUGCUGGAUCGGGGGCUGCUGGAGGCCUCGAGUCAUUCCGAAAUCACCCCCAAAUCAAUCAGCUUCGUCGAUUGGUCCAGACCAAUCCACACAUGCUCCAGACCGUCCUUGCCCAGAUUGGCCAACAACAACCCGACUUGCUACAGGCAAUCAACCAAAACCAGGCGGCAUUCUUGGCCAUGAUGAAUGAACCUGUCACGGAUGCUCCAGCACCCGCUGCCAAUUCGGGAUCCUCUUCUGGAGCCUCUUCCGCGGGGGCAGGAGCUGGCGGCCCUGCAGGCAUGCUGGAAGGAAUGGCCAAUCCCGCCCAGAUGGCACAGAUGAUUCAAAGUAUGAGUCCUGCAGAACUCAACCAAAUGGCUGCCAUGAUGGGUCUCUCGGCUGACCAACUUCGGCAGACGGCUCAAAUGCUAGGACAAAUCCCACCCGAACAACUACAACAGUAUAUGAUGCAGGCCAUGGGUGGUGGCGGCAUGGGCGACAUGGCAGGCCUCAUGGGCGCUGCUGGAGCUGGUGAGGGUGGACCCCAAGUGCUGCGGUUGAAUGAAGAAGAAAUGGCAGCUGUGAACCGCCUCACCGAAAUGGGAUUUGAUCGUGCCGAAGCAGCCCAAGCAUUUCUCGCCUGUGACAAAAACGAAGCACUGGCUGCCAACUUGUUGAUGGAUGGAGGCUUUGGAUUUGGGGGCGAUAGUGGUGCGGGUUCCGGUGGAAGCAACGGUAACAGCAACAACAAUGGAGGAAGUGGCGACAAUGACGACGAUGCCAUGUAUGAUUAGGCAAGGGUCGAUCGAAAAACAGCAAAUCAAUUUCACCUAUCAACAAUUCAUCUUGCGCUUCGAUUUGAGCUUGGAACGAGAGCUUGACCGCGUCGUCUCGUCUGGUUGGUAAACUAGCUCUUUGCUACCGGCCUUCGAUGUGGCUUUUGAGACCUAUAGUUCUGCCACUGCCUUUUUUGCUUGGUCGUGACCUACUUUAUUGAAUUUCACCCACCCACAAUAACUAAUAAACUCUUAUAAAUAGCUUGCUUGUCUCCGCAUCGGUGAAUUA